UGUGUCCCUUCAAAUAAGGUGCCAUCUAGAUCAUUCGAAAGCCAGCGGUCGGGUUGUCUCCGCUGGCUUGUUGCGACACGCCAAGUGCAUCCUCUAUGCAAGGGAUUGAAAACAAACCGCAAGGGAUGUGUUGAACCACCGAAAAGCGCAGCGCAAGCAACGAUACCGUCCGCUGGAUGAGAACAUUGGAACCGUUUAUGACCAGAAAGUCGACCGACAGCUCGUAGGAAAGCAACCGCCCCCUCAACCGGCUUCGCAAUGUCGCAGAGUGCACCAAGACGCCACCCGCCGAGCGGGGGCAAUGCCGAUGUGAGCAACAUGUCGGCAAAGUUUGUUGACACCGAGUGGGAGGCACGCGAGUCCCAACGGCAGCGAGAAUUGGAGGAAGCUCGGGCACGAGCCGCACAGAUGGAGAAAACAAUGAAAUGGUGGUCCGACUGUACAGCAAACUGGCGCGAAAAGUGGAGCAAGGUACGAACCGAGAGGAAUAAGGCACGCGAUGAAGCGAAACAGUUGCGCAGCAAUCUCGAGGCGGCCAUUAAGGAAUCGAACUCGUACAAGCGUGAAAAGUGUGAGCUCGAGAUGCAAAUCACUCAGCUCAAGAAGGAGAUGGAAAAGGUGCACACCCUCAUGAUGAAGCACGCCGGUCGGUUCAACAAGGCGAGUCUGGACGCUGCGGACGAACCGGACCGUGACGGGCGUGGCGAUAACAACUGCUCGCCGGAUAUCUCCUCCGAUGGUCUGAAGAACGUCAACAGCGAGGACGGGCUGGUGACGAAGCUACCAAACCUGCCGGACGACGGGAACUGUGCCAGUUUGCCACCCGCCGCCGCCAGCGCCGAUCUCGACAUUGAAGAGUACAUUCUGCAGGGCGGUGCCAUGCCGAAGCAUUCCAUAGAGUUUAAGGACAAGAGCGAGCAGAUGGCCGAAGAGCGGCGCCUGAUCCAACAGCUUUCGAAGGACGACUACGACGAAGACUACUUGCUGCAGAAAAUUUCGAUGCUGCAGCUGCGGCUGGACGAUGCACAGAAAACGAUCCAGAUCGAGCGCGAGGAAAAGGCUGCCGUCCAGCGGAGUCUGGAGAAGACGCGACACGAUAUGCAAGAGUUGCGCGACAAGUGUGAAGAGCUGCGGUCGGCCAAACAGGACGCGGUGCGGGAGUUGCUGACACUGCAAGAGCAACACCGUGUCGAAAUGCGUAUCACACACAACUCGCUGCAAGAGGAAAUCGCUGCUCGGGAAACGCUCGAACGGAGGCUGUGCGAACUGCGUACGGAACUGGAGCGACUGCAGGCGGAAAAUGCGGCCGAAUGGGGCAAAAGAGAACGUCUCGAGACGGAGAAGCUAAACAUGGAGCGCGAAACCAAGAAACUGCGCGCUGAGUGCCAGGAUCUGCAGGAACGGCUCGAGCGCAAGGGUCGGCCGCUGGUCAACAGUGACGUCGAGCUGCGUUCGCUGCAACAAGAGCUGAUGGAUAAAAAUAAAGAACUGAGCGACAUCCGCUACUCGCACAGCAAGAUGAAAAAGAUGCUUUCGGAAGCCAACACCGAGCUCGGCCAUGCGGUUAGACGGGCGGAACAAUACGAAACGGAGGUGAAGCGAUUGCGCUCCCGUGUGGAGGAGCUGAAACACGAGCUGGCCGGCGCCGAGGAUGAACUAGAUGCAGCCUGCAACCAUGUUCGGCGUUUGCAGCGCACGAACGAAGAACUGAGCGGGCAAACCGAGGGCCUGCAAGUGCAGAUACAACACCUUCAAACUAGUCCAAAGCAGCAGCACGAACUGAGCAACUACAAGGCAUCGAACCGAUCGAGCAAUGCCUCCAACGUGAGCUACAAACCAAAUAUCAACGAUCUGAAGCAACUGUUCGACAACUCGUCUCGCCACUUUAACGAUCGUCCUCCGGAACGAUCGGCCGGCGGACCGAUAAAAGGAUCUUCGGGCGCUUCGCAGACCCCGUCCUACAUUCCGCUGUCGUCCGGAUCGUAUUACGAUGCUAAGCCGAGCUACAUCGACCACGAUGCACCGUCGCCACCGUCGCUGAACAACAACAAAUACGAGUUCGAACGUGCCAAACAAAAGUUCGACAACAUUACCCGGGCGGCCGCAGCUGCUAGUGGUGGUGGACAUAAAACACGCGGCAACGGCGGCGGUGGGUCAACGAAGCAACACAGCUCGGGCAACUCGGCAAUUCCGAAACGGAACGCUCCGCCGCCGGGUCAUUUUAGCAGCGGUUCGUACUACGAACAGAACGUAUUUCCCGGAUCGGCAGGAAGUGGCCCUCCCAGUGGUGUCGGAGAACCCCGAAACAUACGGGCCGUGGGAGAUGAUAUGCCACCUACGAAGAGUCAGGGACACAGCAACGAAACGGCACAGUCAUUCGAUGGUGGCCAACCACCCUACGAUCAGUCCUCACGGGCCAACCAUAAGCCCAUGAACAUUGGGAAGCUGAACGAUGUCAAUCUCGAUGGAUUGAAGGUAUCGGAGGAUGAUGAAACUCCGUAGCUAUGGUUCAACAAAUCUUCUGUCGGCCAAUGAUGAUAACAGCGAUAACGAGUAAAAAGGAACGAAUCUACAGCAACGAACGCACGCACGAGAGAAGAGAUGGCGACAUCUUGGGGCCAAUGGUGCGAUGGAGUUCAACGCAUUCAAUCAUCCGCUGUAGAGGUGCGCCUCUUGUCAGAGCUCUCUUUAUGUACUCAAUUGUUCAGGUACUAGCAGACACAUUCGUCGAACAAACUCUUAGCGUUAGUGCACAUUAUUUAUGAACACUUAUCAAUACGAUCACCAACAGAAAGGAUCUAGAAUAGGAAUGGUAGUCCUCCCAGACUCACUACCUUUUGGGACAGUAACGUACUCUGCGAAAUGAAACAUAGCCAUAAAAGAGAAAAGUAUUAAGCAAGCAAACAACGAUUCCUCCUUAACGAAACGUCUCCCAAACUAAGUACAAUGGUGCACACUUUCCAUUCCUGGCACACCGAAAUGAAUUAAUUGUAACAGAAAAGUAUUCAAUACAUACAGCAACAAUGUUUAUCAUAGUGAAGCAGUCCUACCGGAAUGAGUCCGUCAAUAAACUGAUUCGUCAAUGUUUGGUACCAAAAAGAACGUAAGAAAACAUUUUGUAUCAAAUGUUUCAUGUACGAUUGGUUGAAUUUGGCAGAGUUUAAAUUAAUGUCUUAGAAAUUAUAAUCUCAACGGGACUAUCUCUACUUCACUGUCCUGGGUUUGCUCAUUAGCUGUGUUACGCUAACACGAACAACUACUACCGAACGAUAGCAGCUCGAA